AUGAAUCACAGACUGGGUAACCUCCAUAAUAAAUUGGCUAUCAUGGCUAAAAGCACUAUUAAACAAUCUCCACUGAGAGAUUUAAAAUGCAAUGUUGCUGGAUGCGGAAAGGUUCUAAGCUCAAAAUACAACUUAAAGCGUCAUAUAGAGUCUUGCCACUAUGGUUACAAGCCUUAUGAGUGCCCACAUUGCUUUAAACGCUUUUCCUCAAAGCAAAAUAAACGAGAGCACACCAAAUUAGAGCAUGCCUCUAUUAAGCUCCCAAAAGUACCAAAAAGGCAAGAAAAUUCUCCAAGUGUCAAUAUUAAUAUUCCUCUCUUGACCACCUUGAUAAUUCUUUCCUCUGACCCUGAUAUAAGGCCUUUAUCAAGAUAUGCAAGAAUUUAUUUAUUCGGGAACGAUGAUAUAUUUCGGCAUCCUGAAAAAUAUAUCUUUAACCCAAUUGAGGAAAGUCUAACUCGCCCUCCAUGAGCGAACAAAACCAUUAGAAAAAUCCAUAUUUUUAAACUCACCUUUCGUGAGCGAACAAAAAUAUUAUGGAAAAAAAUUUGAUAUAUAAGUGAUAAUUAGUAUAAUGAAAUCUCGAGCUAAUUCUGUUUUAAUUUUAAAUAAAUUGCGUUUUAAAACAUAAAUUUUACAAAUUAAAUUAAUAUUUGCUUUCCAAUUUUUGCGAAGUGGGAUUUUUUUAAAAAUUUUUUAAAAAAUAAAUUAACCACUAUCCGUGAGAGAAUAAGAUUUUUUUGCUCACUAAACCGAGGGGAGGAGUAAGAGAACCCAAUGCUAAAUUAGGCAUUCCAAAAGAGCUUGAUAGCGAAGGAAAAAAAGUCUAUUAA